AAAAUAGAAAGACAGAAAAUAAAUUCCUUUCUGCUCCUUCCUCUGACCUUUGCUGCUUCGCAUUUCUUACUUCCAACAACUCUCGCUCCUGAGCAAGUCAACCAACGACGGCGGCUUCUUUUCCAUCACCCUUUUUCUGAUUUGUGUUCAUUUUCUUCGAAGAGGCCAAAGAUCGAACGCAUGGUGUGCUUCUGGUAAUCCAGAGAGAAAGAGAGAGAGAGGUAUGGUUCUUCCGCUAUUGAAGCUCGGGACGCUAGCGUUGAAGACUCUUAGCAAACCCAUCGCUUCCAAGCUCAAGCAGCAGGCUGGGGUGCAUCCCAAGUUCCGCUACUUAAUCGUUAACGUCGCCCAGGCAAACCAUAGAUUUACAACAAACUUGCAAAGGCGCAUCUACGGGCAUGCAACUGAUGUUGAGAUUCGCCCUCUGAAUGAGGAAAGAGCUGUUCAAGCUGCUGUAGAUCUUAUUGGGGAAAUCUUUAUCUUCUCGGUUGCAGGAGCUGCUGUGAUCUUUGAGGUGCAAAGAAGUUCUAGAUCAGAAGCUAGAAAGGAGGAACUGCGUAGGCAAGAAUUUGAGGUUAUGAAGCAAAGAGAUGAGGAUUUAGCCAGAGAGCUGCAGCAGCUUAAGCACAAACUUGAAGAGCUGGAGCAACUUGCCAAGGGACGAGGGCUCACCGGUAUUUUCAAUCUUAAAAAUGUUCAUACUGAAAAUGAGAAAUCAGCAAAACCAGCUUGAUUGGAUUAUGCAAAUUGAUGAGCAAUACAUUUUUUAUCAUGGCAUAAUUACAUUCAUUGGAUUAUUGUAGUUUCAGCCUCCACAAUGAUACCACCUUUUCAUUCUUUGGGGCUCAUAUUGUCAUUGCCAAUGUAUUUCUACCUUUGCAUUUUACAUUUGUAAAUUGAAACACUAGGAAAUAAAGUUCAUGGAAGAUAAAUGUUUAAAAA